CCGCUCCGGCGCUUGCACGCCCCCUUGGCGGUUCCUCCUGUUGCAUCGCGCAAGCCGAGCGCCACUUGGAAAAAUUCUCCCGCUCACAAGCGAGCGCGCGAACACAUCGUGCUGCGGAGAGGGGUCCGCGUGGUCCCGCUCCCGCUCCCCGGCUCCCCCGCGCCCCCUGGGCAGCAGCCACGUUCGCCAGAAGCGCACGGCCCCGCGCGGCCGCGCCCCCUCCCACCCGGGCCGUGCGCUCCGGCUCCUUGGAGGAGGGGAGGCGGGAAAACCGUGCAAGCCGCGCCCACCGCCCUGCCCCCAGCCCCGCCACUCCCCGGCUGCUCCGGAGUCCUGCUCCUGCCGCGUCCUUCGGGGAGCAUCUAGGAGGGCACUCGUCUCGCAGGUGAGCAGCUGGCAGACGCCAUGGAGGUGGUGCUCAUCUUCCUGUGUGGCCUGCUGGCCCCCCAUCUGGUUCUGGCCAGUGCAGUUGAGCAGGAGAAGGAGAAGGACCCUUUCCACUAUGACUACCAGACUCUGAGGAUCGGGGGAUUGGUGUUCGCUGUCGUCCUUUUCUCUGUGGGGAUCCUGCUUAUCCUAAGUCGCAGGUGCAAGUGUGGUUUCAAUCAGAAGCCCAGGGACCCAGGAGAUGAGGAAGCGCAGGUGGAGACCCUCAUCACUGCCAAUGCCACGGAGCCCCAGAAGGCAGAGAACUGAGGUGCAGCCCCCAGGCAGGGAGCCUCUGCCACCUGCAGGUGGCUGCCCGGACCUUGAUGUGGAUGCUCCAGAGAAACAACCACUUGGGUAGCAGACCGUCCCCAAAGGAGAAGCUGAGAACUCGUGUGUGCCCUGCUCCCUGCCCACUCCCACAUCUGCAUAACGAUGCUGCCUCUGCCGGCCUCCUGACCUGUCCUCUCCCGUGACGUGUCCGUGUGUCUGUGUGUGUUUGCUCACUGUGGUCUCGUAGCUGCUUGUUUGUGGGUGAUGCUGUGUUUGUGAACUGUGCACACACUCACUUCCAUGGGGCAGGAGCUGGGCCAUGGCACCAUCGGCUCCUCUGCAGCUCCCAGUACCCUUCACUCUUCCCAGUCUGUCCCUUGCCACCCCCCCCCAGUACAGCCCUCAUCUUAAUUCAGGGCUGAAAGGGGUGAGGCCAGAGCUGGAGCACGGGCAGGAGGCCCCCAGCUGUCAUGGAUGCAAGGAAGGCUUGGUCUCACUGUCACUCUUCCUGAUCCUCUACUCCCUCUGGAGCCCCUCAUUCCUGUACCCCACCCUGCCACCAGGUCUGUGAUGAAGGACACUCAGAGG